GAACCGCGCCGGCCUAUGAGCGGCGGCCCCGUGCCCCGGAAGGGGCGUGGCAAGAGCCGGAAGUCCCCCUCCCCUUUUCCUGCUGCCCGCCGCUCGGUGCCCCUGGGCUCCGCCAUGUCGCCGGUGCGGGCGGUGCUGGCGCUGCUGGCCGCACUGGCGGCCCCGGCCGCCGCCUACUUCGUCAGCAUCGAUGCGCACGCGGAGGAGUGCUUCCUGGAGCGGGUGCCGUCCGGCACGAAGAUGGGGCUCAUCUUUGAGGUGGCCGAGGGGGGCUUCCUGGACAUCGACGUAGAGAUUACAGGGCCUGAUAAUAAAGGAAUUUAUAAAGGCGAUCGAGAGUCCAGUGGAAAAUACACAUUUGCUGCCCACAUGGAUGGAACUUACAAGUUUUGUUUUAGUAACAGAAUGUCCACCAUGACUCCCAAGAUAGUGAUGUUCACAAUUGAUAUUGGGGAAGCUCCAAAGGGGCAAGAUAUGGAGACAGAAGGUGGUGGAGAUACCUGGGAUGCUCAUCAGAACAAGCUAGAAGAGAUGAUUAACGAGUUAGCAGUGGCCAUGACAGCUGUAAAGCAUGAACAGGAGUACAUGGAAGUUCGUGAGAGAAUACAUAGAGCAAUUAAUGACAACACAAACAGCAGAGUGGUCCUUUGGUCAUUCUUUGAAGCUCUUGUACUAGUUGCCAUGACACUGGGACAAAUCUACUAUCUGAAGAGGUUUUUUGAAGUCCGAAGAGUUGUUUAAGAGUACUGUACCUGGUCCUGGAUUUCAGUUCACUGUCUACCAAACAUCCUGGUCACAAAAAAAAGAGUCACUAAGUUUCGAAACCCUCUUUACUGAACUGUAAAACUUAUUUGCUUACGUUCCUUCCUAGUUAAAAAUGAAUUGUUUUUAUAUAUCUUCUGUAGCAAAAGCUAUGCUGAAAUCUCAUCACUUAAUUGGCCUGUUCUUUUUUUCUUUUCACUUAAACCUGCCUAGUCUGUAUGCUAAGCAAGAUCCAAGCAAGCUGCAAAUGCUGUAAUUCAACUGUAGUAACAAGCAAUGUCUGUGUCUUUUCUAACGUUCUGUUUCCAUAAGUACUUGCAGUUCUAUCUAGGGAAGCGGUACAAGGCCCUGAUGUGACUGUUGCAUUUCUCACAUCAUGAACCCUGCAGGAAGUGUUAUGAAAUUGAAGGAAUCCCUUCUUCACUUCUGCAAACUGCCAAGGAGGAGCGAUUGGAACUUUGAUAAUGAGUAGAUCUGACAACUUCUGAUCUCGUAUACGUACCUGAUUAAAAUUUAAAAGGAGGUGUUCAGUAACUCUCCUAAUUGCACCAACUUAUCCAUGGAGGUUUUUAACGAAAUAACCAGUAUCAAAAUAGAUCCUCUACCAAAUGUUCAUCACGCGGUUUUUAGUCUCUUUCAGGUUUUAAAUCGGAGCCCAUUGUGUGCAGUGUCUUGGCAAACAGCAGUUAACCCUUUGGUUCGUGCAGCUCCAAAGCUGAGGCUGUUGCUGCUCCUGCAGAGUGCAGCGGUGUUCAGGACAUCUGGAUUCCUGAUGCCAAAGGGUUAACGGUUCUGGGGUUUAUUGCAAUGCUAUGCAGCCCUUGUAUUUAAGUUAAGUGGCAGUCUCUGCCAUUUUCUGGUCACAGUUAGCAUAAUGCUAAGUACUGGUGUGUUUUCUUUUUCAGGCACGUGUAGAUUUGUUUUUGUAUAAAGUUACUUUCCUUGGUAUCUGAUGAUUGGUUUAAAAAUUAAAGAUGCGUCUGGUGUGGGUGCUGAGCCAGGAUUCUGUUGUGACUGAUGUACAUUAGUUGUAAUCAUUUUUGGGGUGGGGUGGGACCUUUUCCAGGGGGGAGCCUCUACAAGUUACACACAGCAGUUUUGUACAAUUAAUUUAAAAUUUGUUACAGGUUUUCAUGUUCCAGGUAAAGAUUUUGCAACCUUGGGCAAACACUGGCAGCAGUUCCUUAGCAAGGUGGUGUUACACCUUAUGGCAACUGUUGUGUGCCAAUAUUUUUGUGUAAAAAAAACACUUAAAUUGAAUUAUAAGAUGUACAUUUAAAAUUGCUUGUGAAUCUAAAUAUGACCCAGGUUCAAUAAAUAAACAAAUUCUUAAAAAAAGAAA